GCUUCCCGUGAAGGCGCGCGCGCAGGCGGUCGGGUCUGGGCGGGCGGAGGGUCACGCGACCUUUCUCGCGCUCCUCUGCGCAGCUCCCAGCUAUGGCGCGGAGCUCGCAUUUGCCUCUCGUUGUCGUGCCGCUUCUGCUCGGCCCGGCUUUAGUGCGCAGCUGCAGCCCUCUGCCCCUGGUCGUCAAUACUUGGCCUUUUAAGAACGCCACCGAAGCAGCAUGGUGGACAUUAGUAUCUGGAGGGUCUACCCUGGACGCAGUUGAGCAUGGUUGUGCCGUAUGUGAGCAAGAGCAGUGUGACGGCUCCGUAGGCUUUGGAGGAAGUCCUGAUGAACUGGGAGAAACCACACUGGAUGCGAUGAUCAUGGAUGGCACUACGAUGAAUGUAGGAGCAGUAGGAGAUCUUAGACGAAUUAAAAAUGCUAUUGGUGUGGCACGGAAAGUACUGGAACAUACAACACACACACUUUUAGCAGGAGAGUCAGCGACCAAGUUUGCCAAGAGUAUGGGGUUUAUGAGUGAAGAUUUAUCUACCAAUGCUUCUCGUGGUCUUCAUUCAGAUUGGCUUGCUCGGAAUUGCCAGCCAAAUUAUUGGAAAAAUGUUACACCAGAUGCUUCAAAGUACUGUGGACCCUACAAACCACGUGAUGUCUUAAAGCAGGACAGUCAUACCUGUAAAGAAAUAAGAGACGAGUGUGGUCAUGAUACUAUUGGCAUGGUUGUAAUCCAUAAGAUGGGACAUACUGCUGCAGGUACCUCUACAAAUGGUCUAAAGUUCAAAAUUCCUGGGCGCAUAGGAGAUUCCCCAAUACCUGGAGCUGGGGCCUAUGCUGAUGACACUGCAGGGGCUGCUGCAGCCACUGGGGAUGGAGAUAUAUUGAUGCGCUUUCUCCCGAGCUACCAAGCAGUGGAAUAUAUGAGAAGAGGAGAAGAUCCAACCAUAGCUUGCCAGAAAGUUAUUUCAAGAAUUCAGAAGCAUUUUCCAAAAUUCUUUGGAGCUGUUAUAUGUGCCAAUGUGACUGGAAGUUAUGGUGCUGCUUGCAAUAAACUUCCAACAUUUACUCAGUUUAGCUUCAUGGUUUACAAUGCUCUGAAAAAUCAGCCAACUGAAGAAAAAGUAGACUGCAUUUAAUCCAUUUGUUCUGUCAGUGUCUAUAUGUAAAGAAGAAAGAAACAAAGGCUGAAAAGAUUGUUCAAAAUUAUUUAGAUGUCCUCGUGCACUUUAAAGUUCUGGUAUAAAAUAAGUACAAAAAUAAAUUUAUGCUGAAGUGGCACUUUC